GCAUGCGCAGUGCGUCUCGGCGGGUAGAGGGGUUGCAGCGCUCUUUUGUUUGGCGGAGGCGGAUUGAACUGGGGAGGCCCGUUGUCCAACCGUCGCUCUCUCCUUCUUUCAAGCGGGACCGGCUUGUCCCAACUGCCUCUCGCACCUUCGUCGCGUUCCCCGCGUGCCUGUUUGUUCUUAUUUCCCCUCGUGCGUUCUGAGUGGGGCUGAACAAGCCUCCUUUAAACCGCAAAAAUGGCAAGCACAAUGGGGAAAAAGCAAAACAAGAAGAAAGUGGAGGAGGUCCUCGAAGAAGAGGAGGAAGAGUAUGUAGUGGAGAAGGUCCUUGACAGGCGGGUAGUGAAAGGCAAAGUGGAGUACCUGCUCAAGUGGAAGGGCUUCUCAGAUGAAGAUAACACAUGGGAACCAGAGGAGAACCUUGACUGCCCCGACCUCAUUGCGGAGUUCCUGCAAUCCCAGAAAACUGCACAUGAGAGUGACAAGUCAGAGGGAAGCAAGCGCAAGGCUGAAUCGGACUCUGAGGAUAGGGGGGAGGAAAGCAGACCAAAGAAAAAGAGAGAGGAGGCUGAGAAACCAAGAGGCUUUGCAAGAGGUUUUGAACCAGAGCGGAUUAUUGGUGCCACAGAUUCCAGUGGGGAGCUCAUGUUCCUGAUGAAGUGGAAGAACUCUGACGAAGCUGACCUGGUCCCUGCCAAGGAAGCUAAUAUCAAGUGCCCACAGGUGGUCAUCUCGUUCUACGAGGAGAGGCUGACAUGGCACUCCUAUCCCUCGGAGGACGAUGACAAGAAGGAUGACAAGAACUAACCUGCCCACCUUUCUGUCCCCAUCCCUCCUCUGGCCGACUUUUGUAUUAAAACAUCGGACUGGGUUUGAACAUGAGAGGAAGUGAAGAGGCACUUGGCUGAGGUGGCAGGGAAAGAUACCCCCUGUAGAAACAGGACAAUUUCUGUGCCCUCGAUAGUUUGGUGUAGCGGCACUCUGCCCCUUCCUUCCUUUCUCAUCCUAUAUACCUGGGGAAGUAGGGGAGAACUGGUGAGUGUUUCCCAGCGGUUCCUUGCUUGGGGGAUGAAGCAAAAUUAACUCCAUGCAGGAUGAAGCCUGGGGGUUGGACAGGCUGCCAAAAGGGACAGCAGGUGGAGGCUGCGUGUUCUUCGACGACCAUCUCUGUGAUUUGCAGCCUCUUUCAAUAGUGUUAACUGCAUUUUUACAGCUUAGCAUGUGUGUAGUUUUUCUUUCUUCCUUUUUCCUAUUAUUGGUGUAUCGUUGGGGUGGGAAGGGGGGGGUGCGUUCUGAUUGAUUUGGUAUGGGGAGUGGUUCACAGUGUUCUGUAUCCGGAAAUAUGAUUCUUACAAAAUAUAUGCCUCGUCCUGCAAGUGAAAUCCCCUACACUUAACUGAGAGGCGGCAAUGAAUGCGAAGUGUGAAAAGUUAUGGUAUGAGACUGCAACCAUGAAUGCAGCCAGCUACCAAGAUGAGGCUUCUAAAACGAGAGAGAAGGUAGUUUCCACAGAUAUUUUGAUCUUCUCUAGUCCAGGUGACAACAUGCAAUCCCAAAGUUACACAAUGUUUUCUUACAACUUCUGCAACCUUAUUUUAUUCUGUCCAGCAACUCUGGGGUCCUGCUUAGUUUUUAUUUUUCUUUAUAUAUGUGAAUUUGAGAAUCAAGAUGUCUGGGGGUGGUAAGGAAAGUGGGUAUGAAAUCUACCUAUACAGCACAAUGUAGAUUUCAGAACGUUUUGUAAACACCUAUCUUCUGUUCAGACUUGGGCAUUAGUGAUUGCUUUCCUCGCCCUAGUCCUCUGAUUUCAUUUUUAAUCUAGCAGAUUUCUGUUUUACAAAGGACAUAAUUUUACCUCUGAAUUUGCUCAAACCCUAGCAAGCCACCAACAACUCCUCCUUCAUGGGGUGGUAUGUAUGUAGACAUGUAUUGUACAAACCUUUUUUAAAAUAAAGCAUGUGUUUUAGGUUUCUGUGAAAAUGUUGUCUAAAACUUAAGUGUUUGGAUUUUAACUUCAUACUGAACUGUCUUUUUGUCUCAAUAAAACUUUAGAUUUAUA